GGUUACCACAAUCACCAUCAACCACUCCUUUGUCCACUACCCUGCCAACUGAGAACGACGAUUUCUCAGUCAACCAAGUGGCCACCGUCGUUCGACACCGUCAGCCCCGUCGUCGCUCUCCUCGCGCUAACGCCGUGGCUUCAAAUCUCGCCAUAAAUUGAAAAGAAAGCCCUAACAACAACUGCGAGUACAAACAUUGCCUAGUGUGGCACUAUUGGAAUUGACAAAAGGAAGCAAAAAAACCAGCCAUGCAUUGUGCUCUGAGAGUUCAUCAUCCAGUAGCAAUUGGAAACUCUCCAAUUGGGUAUCCGUCCAAAGCCAGUGUUUUUACUGUCAAGUGCUCAUUCCCUUCUGCUGCUCCGUCUUCAGGAGUGGUAGAUAGGCCAUGGAAGUUGGCAGAUGCCAGACUUGUCCUUGAAGAUGGUUCAGUUUGGAGGGCAAAAUCGUUUGGGGCUUCUGGGACUCAAGUUGGGGAAGUAGUGUUCAACACAUCAUUAACUGGGUAUCAGGAAAUACUUACAGACCCUAGCUAUGCUGGCCAAUUUGUCUUGAUGACCAAUCCCCACAUUGGAAAUACCGGUGUCAAUUUUGACGAUGAAGAAUCCAGAGAGUGCUUUCUGGCUGGUUUAGUGAUUAGAAGUACGAGUUUAAGUACUUCUAAUUGGAGAUGCACAGAAACACUCAACGACUACUUGGCUGCUAGGAAUAUAAUGGGAAUUUAUGAUGUUGACACUCGUGCAAUCACAAGGAGGCUGAGGGAAGAUGGAAGCCUUAUUGGUGUGCUGACCACAGAGAAGCAUAAAACUGAUGCAGAACUUCUAGAAAUGUCCCGCACAUGGGACAUUGUUGGAGUGGAUUUGAUUAGUGGCGUCUCCUGUGAUGCCCCCUACGAAUGGGUUGAUAAAACCCCCUCGUCAUGGGAUUUUAAUAUUAAUGGAAGGAACAAAGAAACUCUCAAUGUGGUUGCAUAUGAUUUUGGCAUCAAGCAAAAUAUACUCAGGAGGUUAGCUUCCUAUGGCUGUAAAAUCAUGGUUGUUCCUUCAACAUGGCCUGCAUCUGAAACACUUAAGAUGAAACCAGAUGGGGUCCUAUUCAGCAAUGGCCCAGGGGACCCAUCUGCAGUUCCUUAUGCUGUUGAAAUUGUGAAGGACAUCAUUGGGAAGGUUCCUGUGUUUGGCAUUUGUAUGGGCCAUCAGUUGCUUGGUCAAGCCUUGGGUGGUAAAACCUUCAAAAUGAAAUUUGGUCACCAUGGUGGAAAUCAUCCCGUCCGUAACCUUCGGAAUGGCACUGUUGAGAUUAGUGCCCAGAAUCACAAUUAUGCUGUUGAUACGGAGUCGCUUCCUGAAGGCGUGGAGGUUACUCAUGUGAAUUUGAACGAUGGAAGCUGUGCGGGUCUUGCCUUUUCCCAGAAAAAGUUGAUGGCACUUCAAUACCAUCCCGAGGCAUCACCCGGCCCUCACGAUUCAGAUAAUGUGUUUGGAGAGUUUGUUCAACUAAUGAAGAACGAGAAACGGAGGGACAGUUAGCAGCUGCUCCCAAGCUAGGGAAGAAGAUAUCAAUGUAGCCCAGUCCCACUUUGGAUUGUUUGUAUUCUUUUUCCUUCCAGUUUCUCAUGAUGCUUUCCCUUUUAGUUUUUGUUCCAGUUCGGCUAUACACACACACACACA